UUUUUUUCCUUGCAACCAAAACGAGUUUUUGAAUUAAUUGUCAGAAUAAGGUGGGCAUUUUGUGGGUUGUAGGAAGGAUGAAUUACAACCGUUAACUUCCACGAACUUCCUCGACUCAACCAACAAAUCCACAGACAACAAGAUCCCAUAUGAAUUCGAGAACAUGCAUGGAUUUGCUCAUUCUCUCACAUCGCCCUCAAUUCUCUGCUUAAACCCACACGCCAUUUCCCCGCCAAAAUCGACUUCUCCGCCUUUUCUUCCCAAAUUUCGGCAUGGGCAUAACGUCGAACACAUUGCACGCGCACCUGAGGCCUUCUUCCGCAGUCACACUCAGCACCUCAAAAAGAAAAGGAUAGGAAAUCACAGAGGUUCCCCCAUCAGAGCGAGUGGGAAGGAGUCGCCUUACGAGGUUCUGGGAGUGUCUCCGUCUGCUUCUACCAAAGAUAUAAAGAGGGCUUACCGGAAACUUGCUCUCAAGUAUCAUCCUGAUGUAAACAAGGAGGCUGGUGCUCAAGAAAAAUUUAUGCGGAUUAAGCAUGCAUAUAACACACUGCUGACCUCUAAAUCCAGAGGUAAAUAUGAUGCUGGCAAACAAGGAUCUGAUUAUUCUUAUUCAUCUGGAGGAGGUACAAGGACUAGAGAAGCUGAAGAAGAAUUCUAUGGAUUAGGUAACCUUUUGAGGGAUGUCCAAAUAACAAUAGGGGACUUCUUCAGAGAUCUUCAGGAAGAAUUUCGCAAUUGGGAGGCAACUGUUGAUACUCAAGGAAAGCCAAAGAGCUUAUGGGAAGAGUUGUCGGAAAUCGGAGAAGAGUUUGUUGAGUUCUUGGAGAAAGAGCUCAACAUUACAGAUGCAGAGGUAGUUGAAAACAAUGACAAAAAGUCUUCAAAGGGCUAUGAAUCAUAUGGAACUAAGGGCGCUGCAAAUGCUGACCGGAAGGAGGCUGAUAAAGGAGGCGGCAGCAUCAACGACAACAUAGAUGAGAUUGAAGCAGCCCUUGCCCAACUAAAAAAGGAACUGGGUCUGUAAGUGGGAAGUUUAGAUUUUUUCCUGAUGCAGUUGAGAAUUGUGAGUACGCCACGAAUGCUAUGGCUCGUGCAGGUUCAGUCAGAAUAUCCAGUUGGCUCUUGACACACAAACAAUUGUGUGGUAAAGCAUUCUUGUGUUUGUAUAAUUGCAUCAGAUUAUUGAUUUGAAGAGAUGGGUGCUAGCUGUACUGUAUAGUAUGUGUAGAUUGAUGGUAUUUACAGAAAUUUCAACUUUUUUUCCUUGGUUUUA